AUGGACAACCAAGCGAACCGAGAGCAUCGGCCCGCUAAGGAGAAGAAGAAAUAUGAAGGAAAAAAUCCCAAGGCUUUUGCCUACGCCAACCCGGGAAAACUCAACAAGCAGGCUGCGCGAUCCUCGGAGGUCAAGGAGAAGAGACUCCAUGUCCCUCAAGUGGAUCGCAUGCCCGAGGAGGCUCCUCCGACGGUCAUUGCGGUCGUUGGCCCCCCCGGUGUCGGCAAGACUACUCUUAUCAAGUCCUUGAUUCGUCGCUACACCAAGCAGACCCUCAGCUCGCCCCAGGGUCCAUUGACUGUCGUUACCUCCAAGAAGAAGCGUCUGACUUUUCUCGAAUGUCCUUCCGACUCUCUCGCCGCUAUGAUCGAUGUCUCCAAGAUUGCAGAUAUCGUCCUGUUGAUGAUCGAUGGUAACUACGGUUUCGAGAUGGAGACAAUGGAGUUCUUGAAUGCUUUGUCUACAAGUGGUAUGCCGGGUAACGUCUUCGGUAUCUUGACUCACUUGGAUUUGUUCAAGAAGCAAAGCACAUUGAAGAUGACCAAGAAGCGCCUGAAGCAACGUUUCUGGAGCGAGCUUUACCAGGGUGCUAAGCUUUUCUACCUUUCCGGUGUGAUUAACGGCCGCUACCCUGAUCGUGAAGUGCACAAUCUCUCCCGAUUCUUGUCCGUCAUGAAGAACCCGCGUCCUCUGAUUUGGCGCAACUCUCACCCCUACGCGUUGGCAGAUCGCUUCUUGGAUAUUACACCCCCGACUAAAAUUGAAGAGAACCCCAAGUGCGACCGUACUGUUGCACUAUAUGGUUAUCUUCGAGGCACGAAUUUCCCGGCCCAUAGUGCCCGAGUGCACGUUCCUGGUGUCGGUGAUUUGACUGUCUCUGGUAUUGAAAGUUUGCCUGAUCCAUGCCCAACUCCCUUCAUGGACCAGCAAAUUGCCAAGGCCAGCGGAAAGUCUUCUUCACGACGUAAACUGGGCGAGAAGCAGAAACUGCUCUUUGCUCCCAUGUCUGAUGUCGGUGGAGUGUUGGUCGACAAAGAUGCUGUUUAUAUUGAGGUCAAGACAAACACUUUCAACCGGGGCUCAGAUGAUGAGGAGUCUGAUGAUGAGGAUCGGGGCCUCGGCGAGCAGCUCGUCGUAGGUCUACAGGGUGAGCGCCGCUUGCUCGGUGAGGCUGACCAGGGUGUUCGUCUGUUCCGUGGUGGUGAAGCGAUCUCCAAGGACGUCGAAGACGAAGGCACUGGUCGCAAACAACGCAGACACGCCCGCAUAGCUGAUUCUGAGCGUGUGCAAGCCGCAUCAGACGACGAGGACAUCGAGGACGGCGAUGCUUCUGAUGAUGAAGAUGGAGGUGACUUUGACGAGAACGAGGAUGAUGAAGAUGAAGUCGACGUAUCGGCGCCAGCAGACUUCGGAGAUAGUUUCAAGAAAAGACAGACUGAAGACGCUAGCGGUGAGGAUGGUGACCUUGCUUUCGCGGACAGCGACUCCGACAUCGGCUCUGUAUCUGGCGAUGACCAAGAAUUGGAUAGCGACGAAGAUGAAGACGACGAGGAUGAAGAAGGAAACGUUCGUUGGAAGGAGAACAUGCUGGAAAACGCCAAGGUCCUUCAUGGUAAGCGGCCAGCUUUCCGUGUCAGUGAUCUGUCUCGUAUGAUGUAUGACGACUCAAUCGCCCCUGCCGACGUUGUGAAAAUAUGGCGUGGUGAAGAUAAUGGCGACGAAUCGGAUGAAUCAGACAUCGAGGCUGAUGAAGAGGCGGACGAUUUCUUCAAGAAAACAAACAACGAGAAGGAUGAUGAGGCCGACAUCCGUGCUGUUCCCGAAUAUGACUACGAUGAGCUCGAGCGCAAGUGGCGUGAUGAGGAAUUGAUUGAGUCACUCAAGCAACGUUUCGUUACCGGCAAACUUGGCGGCGGUGGCUCGGACGACGAAGUUGAUGAGGACGAUUUCGAUGACGAUGAUGAUGACGAGGGUGAUGGAGCCUUCGAAGAUUUGGAGUCAGGUGAAGUCUUUGACGGGUUUAACGACGGCGACGAGGAUGAGGAUAACGAGGGUGAAGAUGAAGAUGCGGAGCCCGAGGGUCCCGUAGACUUGGAAGCCGAGCGUGAGCGCAACGCGAAGAAGAAGGAAGACCUCAAACUCCGUUUCGAGGAAGAGGAUCGUGAGGGCUUUGGAAAUGCCAAGGAUGGCGCUCGCGAUGGUGGCGAUGGAGAAUUCGGCGAGGAUGACUGGUACGAGAUGCAGAAAGCAAAGAUGCAGAAGCAGAACGACAUCAACCAAGCAGAGUUCGGCAACCUUGAUCCAGCCUCUCGCGCUCGCGCUGAGGGUUACAAGGCCGGUACCUACGCCCGAAUCGUUCUGGAGAAUGUACCAUGCGAGUUUGUUGAAAAGUUCAACCCUCGUUUCCCUGUGAUUGUCGGAGGACUGGCUCCUACUGAGGAUCGCUUCGGAUAUGUUCAGAUUCGUAUCAAGCGUCACCGUUGGCACAAGAAGAUCCUGAAGAGCAACGACCCCUUGAUCUUCUCCCUUGGUUGGCGUCGCUUCCAGUCCAUGCCCAUCUACAGUACCUCGGACAGUCGGACGCGAAACCGUCUCCUCAAGUACACUCCUGAACACAUGCAUUGUUCCGGUGUCUUCUACGGACCCCUUGUGGCCCCUAACACCGGUUUCUGCUGUGUCCAAUCCUUCUCCAACAAGAACCCCGGAUUCCGCAUUGCCGCGACCGGUGUGGUGCUUGCCGUGGAUGAGCACACUGAGAUUGUUAAGAAGUUGAAACUCACUGGUGUUCCAUACAAGAUUUUCAAGAACACCGCUUUCAUUAAGGACAUGUUCAACACCGGUCUUGAGAUUGCCAAGUUCGAAGGUGCUUCGAUCCGCACUGUCUCCGGUAUCCGUGGUCAGAUCAAGCGAGCCCUCAGCAAGCCCGACGGUUACUUCCGUGCCACUUUCGAGGACAAGAUCUUGAUGAGUGAUAUUGUCUUCCUGCGUGCCUGGUACCCGAUCAAGCCGCACCGCUUCUACAACCCUGUUACUAACCUGCUCGACCAAACCGAAGGUGGCUCUGGUGGCUGGCAGGGUAUGCGGUUGACCGGUGAAGUCCGCCGUGACCAGGGUAUCCCCACUCCCAUGAACAGUGACUCGGCCUACCGCAAGAUCGAGCGACAAGAUCGUCACUUCAACCCACUCCGUGUGCCACGUCAGCUGGCCAAGGAUCUUCCCUACAAAUCUCAGAUCACCAAGAUGAAGGCCCGCAAGGACCAGACUUAUAUGCAAAAGCGUGCUGUUGUCCUUGGUGGAGAAGAGAAGAAGGCUCGCGAUCUCAUGCAGAAGUUGACUACUAUGCGUAACGAGAAGCAGGCGAAGCGUUCGGCCAAGCAAGAAGAACGUCGCAAGGUCUACCGUGCCAAGGUGGCCGAUAGCUUGGAGAAGAAGGAGGCGCGUGAAAAGAGAGAGCGCAAUGACUACUGGCGCAAGGAGGGCAAGAAGCGCAAGAACGAUGAAGAUGGCGGCGGUGGUGGCAAGAAGCGCAGAUGA